AUGUCUUCUUCGGCCUGUCUCUCACCGUUACCUUCCGUCACGAAACUUCAAGUCGAUUCCGUUACUUUUUCACCCUCCGUUAACUCACCGGCUUCCUCUAAACCCCUCUUCCUCGGUGGCGCAGGUGUGCGAGGGUUAGAUAUCCAAGGAAAAUUUGUGAUUUUCACCGUCAUCGGUGUUUACCUAGAUGCCGACGCCGUUCCGUCUCUCUCCGUUAAAUGGACGGGCAAAACCUCAGAGGAGUUAACGGAAUCCGUCCCUUUUUUUCGUGAAAUCGUGACAGGUGCGUUUGAGAAAUUUAUUAAGGUGACGAUGAAACUGCCGUUAACGGGACAGCAAUACUCGGAGAAAGUAACGGAGAACUGUGUGGCGAUUUGGAAGGCGUUAGGGAUUUACACAGACUCUGAGGCUAAAGCUGUGGAGAGAUUUUUGGAAGUCUUCAAAGACCAAACGUUCCCUCCCGGUGCUUCUAUCCUCUUCGCUCUCUCCCCUAACGGCUCUCUCACGAUUGCGUUUUCGAAAGACGAUAGCAUUCCUGAAACUGGAAAAGCUGUGAUCGAGAAUAAGUUGUUGGCAGAGGCAGUUCUUGAAUCAAUCAUUGGGAAGAAGGGUGUGUCUCCUGGGACAAGGCUGAGUGUUGCCGAGAGAUUAGCUCAGCUGAUGAAGAAGAACAAGGUCGAAGAGGAAGCUAGCGAUGUUCUCUCGGUCGAGGAUAAAGUGGCCAAAGAGAACUGA